UAAACUGUUGUAAAUAUGUCUGCCGGCUACAGUGGCCCAGUGUGGAGAUCGAAAAACAUUGGAGGGCCUGAUGUUUCAUUCCUAGCAGAUUCUUUCUUAAGGGCAAAUUUUUAAAACAGUUUUGUAAAACUUUUGCCAAUUUAUUUGGAGGGGGGUGAGCGAAGUAGAACUGUUUGCCUUAUGUUCCGCCAUCUUUAUAUGAGUUCUACCAAUAGUUGGAUCAGUUGCUGAGGUGAGUUGGGUCGGUAUAUUUCCUGUGAGUUGAGUUAGGUGAGUUGUGAAUACUCCGCAUUCUUUAUUGUUAGUUGUAAGUAUUGAGUGAUGCGACAUUCUUCAUUAUCAGAUGAGUUCUGAGUUGUGCAGUGCAACAUUCUCUAUUUUUAGUUGUGAUUCGGAAAUCAUAGCAGGCAUGCAGAAAUUUGCUGAACUGACUGAUCAAGCCAAGGAGGCCCUGGAAGCAAGAGACACGCAACGGCUUUGUGACCUGAUGAAUGCAAACUUUGACCUCAGGCGGAGUUUGUACGGCGACGAAGUGAUCGGGGAGACAAACGUGAGGAUGAUAGAGCUUGCCAGGCAGUUUGGUUCAUCCUCCAAGUUUCCAGGCAGCGGGGGCGCUGUGAUAGGGAUAUGCUCUGACCCACAAGAACUUCCACGGUUGAGGGCGACAUUCCAGGAGGAAGGUUUCGUCUUUUGCCAGAUCAUUCCCAGGCCUGAAUCCCCGCCAGCCAGUCCUCGCUGCUCCCCAGUCUCUGCAUCCCCGCCUCCCGAGAACCCCGCCCAGCCUCCAAAUGGCACCGAUGAUGCCUUGGGGCCCAACAAUCAAGAAGACACCCAGACCAAAGCUUCAGAUGAACUGACCAAUUAGAACCUCUAUUAUACGGACCAGUACCAUGCUCUCCUAACAAUGGUCAUUUUAACACAUAAACCAUUAAUGUCUAAACCCGAUGCACACCUGUUGAAUUUAACCAGCUCAAUCGAACACCAAACUACAAUUCUAGACAAGAGAGAUGUACUCUGGCCAUCUGUGCUACUCUGAGGGAACAAUUGUCCUUGCAGCUUCUGGGUCCGAAGUUCCUGACAGUCAUGGUUGGAGUGCCAGACACUUUGUCAACAAAUUCUUUGAGAGUUUCUAGUGAUUUUCAAAUGUCUGACAACUCAUUUUUUUUUCCAACUCCCUGUUGCAUGGUCACAACUGUCCAUUGCUGAACUGACAUUAACCUAAAAAUGUUAAAUUAAUCGAAGGAUCUAUGCAGUGCAUUUUUUAAGUUUAAAAACUACAUGUACUUUGGGAUGUCAUUAUGAACCAAAGGUUUCAUUUUAUUCUCCUCGCACUGAGUGGCCUACAGACUUACAGCAGGAAGCAGGUUUCUUUGUACGUUAUGCUCGGGAGAUCUUCCCAGAUCAAACUUCCCUCCAUGGUUCACAGUGCAGGCACUUUGCACAAGCUGCAGCGCCGUAUGCAUCAGAAGAUGAACCAAGACGGGUUCCAGCGGUGAACUCGGCGGCUAGUUGGCAGUGGUGGUGCUGCUGUUUUUGUUGGUUUGUUGACUUUUUUCGUUUUAUGCCCUUCUCAUUAGAAACUCUUCAAACCUAUCCUUAUCCAAUGUAUCAUAGGCUACUCAGUAACAUUAAUGCUGUUUAUGACUUCACAUGGUUUUGUAAUUUUGAACUGGUUGCGGACAAAUGCAAUCGGUUAAUAACUGGCUAACUGAAAAUUCGGAUGAACAGCGGUUAAAUACAGGAUCUGUUCAUUACAACGUAUUUGAUAAAUGAUUCAUUCAAGUAAAAAUCACUCGGAAUUGUAUUUCUCAAAGUCCUUCUCUUGACGCUGUUGAAAUUUAUGUACAUUGUAAUGCCCGGGCUUCAAAUCUAUAAACCACUAUGUAUUCUUAACUCGAGCAAAAUUUGUGCAUUUAUACAAAUUGGCCUAGGCAGAGAUGAAAUACUAAUUAUAACAUUUAAGUGUAGGCCUACUGUCAUUUUAAUUUCUAUAAACCUAAGAAGAGACUGGUGCUUUUUUAUAACAUUUGAAUUAACGACAAUGCCGUUUAUGUAUUCUCCAACAUGCGGCUUUUUUGUAAAUGUCAUUGAGUUAGUUUUAUACAUGGAUGGUAUAAUUUAUGACACCUUGUUAUGUUCGCAAUACAAAGAUAUUUUUGUAAUGAUUUCGCAUUUUAGUUUGAAUAGGAAAAAUGAAUACGGCAUAAGGCUUGAUUUAAUGAAUCUACAAAAUUAGAAAUUUUGAAACCUCAAACGCCGUGUAUUAAAAAUUGGGUGUAUUAAAAAACAAACUAUGA